CUUAAUUUAUUCUUUUUGGUUCCGUCCUUCCUUCUUCACAUCCAUCUCUCUCUCUCUCUCUCUCUCUCUCUCUCUCCUCUGCAAAAUUUUGGAACAGGUCGUAUUCAUUUGUCCUCUUUUCCCUCCGUUCGCUCUCUCUCUCUCUCUCUCUCUCUCUCUCUCUCUCUCUCUCUCUGUGGCGAAGCUCUUCAGUGAGGUUUCGGGUCUAAUGGACGGAAGCGGCGCGUACAACCCACGCACGGUGGAGGAGGUGUUUAGGGAUUUCAAGGGUCGUAGGGCUGGGAUGAUUAAAGCCUUGACCGCCGAUGUCCAGGAGUUUUAUCGACAGUGUGAUCCCGAAAAGGAGAAUCUUUGCCUUUAUGGACACCCGAAUGAGCAUUGGGAGGUGAAUUUGCCUGCUGAAGAAGUUCCCCCUGAGCUCCCGGAGCCUGUUCUUGGUAUCAACUUUGCCAGAGAUGGAAUGCAGGAGAAGGAUUGGUUGUCUUUGGUUUCUGUCCAUAGUGACGCAUGGCUUCUUGCUGUUGCUUUCUUCUUUGCAGCAAGGUUUGGAUUUGACAAAGCCGAUAGGAAACGGCUUUUCAAUAUGAUCAAUGAUCUCCCAACUAUAUUUGAGGUCGUCACAGGCACUGCCAAGAAACAGACAAAGGAAAAAUCCUCAGUCUCCAACAAUAGCAGCAAUAAAUCCAAGUCAAACUCCAAGCGUUUGUCAGAAUCUCGAGGAAAGUAUUCCAAGCCAACACCCAAGGACGAGGAGGAAGACGAGGGUGUGGAAGAUGAGGAGGAUGAAGAGCAAGGGGAGACACUAUGUGGGGCAUGUGGAGAGAACUACGCAUCUGAUGAAUUCUGGAUCUGCUGUGACAUCUGCGAGAACUGGUUCCAUGGAAAGUGUGUCAAGAUCACACCAGCAAGGGCGGAACAUAUCAAGCAAUAUAAAUGCCCGUCUUGCAGCAACAAGAGGGCUCGGUCUUGAUCAUAGUGUUCAUCUUCAUUUCUCUCGACGCCUCCUCCUGUGUAUUCCUUGGCAUGAUCAUGGACAGCUAACUGUCUGGUGAGAUCAGGUUUGUUGGUAGAGACAGUGUGAUUUGGUAAUGAGGCAAGUCCCCUUUUCUCUUUUAGCGUUAAGAAGUUUAAGUUAGCAGUCAGAGAGGAAGAAAUCAAUCGCCAGCUUAGAAAAACAGAUAGAGAGCUCUGGUCGGAAAACCGAUCAUUUCUGGUACCCUACCGAAGGGAUAAUUCUCUUCAACGGCGAUUGCAUGAAGGAACACUUGUGUUUAUAUUUUCCUAGUGACUGUUGCUCUGUUUUAAUGCUUGUUUACAAGAGAGAGAGAAACACAUUCUUCAACCAACUGGGGCUAUUUUCGUUUCACUAUUCUGUAGGUUUCAGAAUCUUGGUUGAGUUGAUUUUGGUACAGAGUCAUCACAGGUUGCCUUUGCAGAGGUGUACAGGUUGUCGGGUUAGGUCAGGACCUGACCUGGGUAAGUCGGGUCGGGUCAAUAUCUGAUCUGGGUCGGACCAGGUCAAGAACUGAUCUGGGUCGGAUCAGGUCAAGAUCUGAACUCUGGUUGGUUCGGAUCUUUUUUAUUUGUCUGUGUGGCUGUUGCAUGUUCAGAUUACAAUUACGAUUUGAAUCCCAUUAAUGGCUUUCAUA